AUGAGGUCAUUCAACCAGGUUUCAUCAGCCCCAGGCGGGGCAAGCAAAGGUGGUGAAGAGCCCGGGAAGCUGCCGGAACAGACAGAGGAGGAAUCCCAGAUUUUGCACGGAACUGGCCACUGUAAGUGGUUCAAUGUGCGAAUGGGAUUUGGAUUCAUCUCCAUGAUAAACCGAGAAGGAAGCCCCUUGGAUAUUCCAGUCGAUGUGUUUGUACACCAAAGCAAAUUAUUCAUGGAAGGAUUUAGAAGCCUAAAAGAAGGAGAACCAGUAGAAUUCACAUUUAAAAAAUCUUCCAAAGGCCUUGAAUCAAUACGGGUAACCGGACCUGGUGGGAGCCCCUGCUUAGGAAGUGAAAGAAGACCCAAAGGGAAGACACUACAAAAAAGAAAACCAAAGGGAGAUAGAUGCUACAACUGCGGUGGCCUUGAUCAUCAUGCUAAGGAAUGUAGCCUACCUCCUCAGCCAAAGAAGUGCCAUUACUGUCAGAGCAUCGCGCACAUGGUGGCAAACUGCCCGCACCGAAGUGCCGCGCAGCCGCCGGCCAGUUCUCAGGGAAGACAGGAGGCCGAGCCCCAGCCACCGUGCACCUCAGUGGUGCUGGCCCGGGAGCUGGGGGGGGCGCAGGGCUGCACCUCGCCGCCCUUCCCCCCGGAGGCCAGGUUCGAGGUCUCAGAAUGGCCGGGCAGGUCAUCCCAAGACGCUUCCUCAGCAAGGGCAUCUGCAGUGCCGGAGGAACCAAGCAAAAAGGGGCCUUCUGUUCAAAAAAGGAAAAAGACCUAA